UCAAAUACACCAUGCUACAGACGAACUAUUUUACCUAGUUUAGUACCUUGUGCAGUUGUCGAUAUAGACAUAUCGCGUAAUUUUAAUCAAUGAGACUAGAUGUAACAACUUUAUGUAAACGUUUCCAGAAAGAGUAUUUCAUUGCAGACAAGGUAGUUAGAUACUCUAUAACCUACUUAGCUAACAACAUACAUACAUAACUAUAUGUGCGUUAACAGUGAAACACGUGUGUUCCUAUUUGACCGACUGCAACGUAAAUAACUUAUAAUAAAAGCUAACCUUUCUCCCCCAUAUUGGAGCUGAUGACAACAGCCCAAUGAGCUUUGUGAAGUAUUCAGAAUUCGUUCAGGAAGGAGAUGUGGUCAUUAUUUUCAUUGGACAUGAUUCUAUGAUGCCCAUCAAAGUUGAGUCUGGUGCUCAAACACAGACACGGUAUGGAGCUAUCCGUCACUCCAGUGACUUAAUUGGGCAAAAAUUUGGUUCUAAGGUGACAUGCAGUAAGGGAGGAUGGGUGUAUGUGCUGCACCCCACUCCAGAGUUGUGGACUGUCAAUCUUCCUCACCGAACCCAGAUCCUCUACACUACUGACAUUGCCAACAUUACUCUGAUGCUGGACUUAAAACCAGGAUCCAUUGUGUGUGAAUCAGGUACUGGCAGUGGCUCACUAUCCCAUGCUAUUCUUCGCACCAUUGCACCCAGUGGGCACCUGCACACGGUGGAGUUCCAUGCCCAGCGUGCUGAGAAAGCUGCCCAGGAGUUCAGAGACCACAAAGUGGCCCAUAUGGUAACGGUCCGAAACCAGGACGUGUGUAAAGAGGGCUUUGGGGUGGUGGGCAUAGCCGAUGCAGUCUUUCUGGACAUCCCCUCACCGUGGGAGGCCAUCACGCAUGCCAAGAGAGCAUUCAAACGCAAGGGUGGUCGCCUGUGUUCAUUUUCUCCAUGCAUAGAGCAGGUUCAGAGGACAUGCGAGGUGCUGUUGGACCAGGGCUUCCAGGAGAUCCACACUCUGGAGGUUCUGCAGAGAAUGCAUGAUGUUCGCUCGGUCACUCUGCCUUUACCGGACUUUGGCUCAGAGGAGGGAGGAUUAGACAGUGCUAAGAUGAUCUUUGACCCACCUUCAGAGGAAGUUCCAAGUUCUGCAAAUGCUGGCUACCCCGCCGUGAUCUGCCGCACUGCCACACCCCCUCGUGAGAUGGCCGGACACACUGGAUAUCUCACCUUUGCUAGCAAACCGAGGGACUAGCAAACACUGGAGGUCAAUAGUGAAACUAUUCUUAUAGACUCCAUGUAAACACCUCCCUCUCCUGCCUGCAGCCUCUGCUGCCUAUGUGGUGAUCUGUUGUGUGUGGUUUUUUUUGUUUUGGUUUUUUUUUAAGUUGAGAUGUAAGUGAUCAGAAUUGGCAAUUUAAACCAACUCUUUGAUGGAUAGGGGUUCAUUGUUCGUUGUUUUUUUUUUUUUUUUCCUUGAAAAUGGCAGUGCCAUAUAGCUUUAUUGCUACGUUAUUACAAUAAAUUUAAAAUGGAAAAAAAA